AUGGCACCCAAGAGAAAGGUCACUCUCACCCUAGGCUCGUCGAAGAAGAAGCAGAAGCCUGCCACGGCCUCACCCUCUGCAGAAGCAGCAGAGAUCACAACCCCUGUGCAAGAUUCAACUGAAAACCCGGUUGCUCAGUACGGCUCUCUCACCGAGUUCUACACUGCGGUGAUCAAUGGAGCAACAAAUUUGAAAGAUCCAGAGACCGGUGAAAUUGUUUCCGGCCCGUUCCUGAAGUUGCCACCGAAGAAACUGUACGCUGACUACUACCAGGUGAUCAAGAACCCGAUCUCGAUCAAUGAGAUCCGUCAAGCAACAAUUGUAAAACGUAAAGGAAAAGAGUCUGCAGAUGGGAAUGCUGUUACGUUGGAAGAUUUCAAACAGAUGUGGCUCCAGUUGACAGAGAACGCCUCCACGUACAAUGAUCCUGACAGUUUGAUCGUGAACGAUGCCAAGUCUGUUUCAAAUUAUGCAGUUUCUCAGAUAGACCAGUACAGCACCUUUCUCAAGUCCUUAGAGGAGAAAAAGUCUUUGAAGAAGAUCAAGAAGGAGAAGGUUGAGUUGGAGGCGGCAGCGGCAGCAGCAGCCGCAGAAGCGGCAGAAAAGGUAAUUAGAGAGUCGGAGCCUCAACCUAAAAGAAAGAAGAGCAGCAGUAGGUCAAAAGAUAACGACAAGAGAAGAGCCAAGGCAAGUGCAAAAGAAGAAGCGAAAAGUGACAGCAUUGUCGAGGAAGAAAACACAACGAAACAAGCAGAAGACACAGUAGUCACCAAUGGUGCCGAGAACGAAGAGGUUGUGCCUAAAGAUGAACCAGUUGAUCCUCCAAAACAAAACGACGCAAGUAUUGUAAUCAAUACUGAUGAUUUUGAUGACUCGAAUGAAGAUUACACUGCUGAUAUUCUAAAGGUUUUCAGGCACUUGUUAACGUUUAAGGUGUCGCAUCACAAAAACUCUAUCCCCCUUUCAAAGGUUUUGUUAGAGCUUCCUGAUAGAGAUGAUCCUGCAACGGAAGAUUACUACGAUAUUAUUACGAAGCCAAUGUGCUUCAAUAUGAUUGGUGAACGAUUGGAACAGGGGAAGUAUGCGAAUGGUUCUUUGGGCUACAAAAAAUUUAUAAGUGAUGUCAACCUAAUUUUCGACAAUGCCCUGGACGUUUUUGGGGACGGGCCUUACUACAAGGCUGCUACUGGGCUAAGUAAGGCAUUUGUCAAGCGUCUUGAAAAGUUUGAAUCUCAAGUUGCUGAAAGAAAGCGUCAAGCCAUACUGAAUGCUAACAGUGGGAACGACGAAAAGGAUAAGUUUAAGAAAAAGGGUAAAGAUGAGGAUGUAAAGGAGUUUUCGGAAUACGGUUCUGCUCAGGAAGAAUUGAUGAAUCCUGAUGAAGGCAAUGUGGAAGAAGAGGCUGCAAAGCAACCUGUACCCGAAGCCCCAACUAUUAUUCGUAAACACGACGUUGAAAAGGCCGAGAAGAUAGAAGAAAUUGACGACAUAACUGCCUUUAUCAAAAAGUUUACAAUUUGCUCGACUACAAACUUGAACAACUUUGCCAACAACUGGAAAAGUUUAGUCAGUUCAAAUACCCCUGCCACAUUUAACAACAAGCAAAAUGCAAGCAACAAUCCGGGUGCACAGGGUCCAGCAAUUUUUGAAAACAUAAUUGUUGAACCAGCUGGAAACACCACUGUUGGCGGAUCCACUUAUGUGAUGCAACUACCGGGAUCAGCUGUUGUUGGUCACGAGAUAUCUUGUAUCGUACAUCUACAAAAUAUAAUUGUUGACGAAAAGUAUGUCUCUGAAUUGCGUGUGAACGGUGAAAGUAUCAACGGAGUUCCAAUGUCAAUUUCUUAUAAUGAAGAAGCAGGUGAUGAUGGAAUGUUUUGUGCUGGUAAGUAUAGUGUUCGGUUGGGCUACGGACUCAAUCAUUUUGAGUUUACACUAAAGGUUCCUUAUCCACUGAAGGGAAAGGAAUCAUCGUCUUCAUCACUUGAGCCAUCAGAAAACAAACAAGAAGAGGCUGACAACGAGACCAGUUCGGAGAGAAACGAAGACUCAGAAGAAAAGGCUCACGAAAAGAGAGAGCGACACGAACGUGGCAAGAGCCAGGAGUUCGUGGAAAACGUUAAAGUUUGGUUGAAUAUUACACGCUAA